UAACAAAACUAUGCCGACUAAACGAAUAGCCUUAAACAGUUAAACUUUAAAUUUUUUUGUAUUGGCCUUCCGUAAAUAUUUCACUAUAAAAUGCCAAGAGAGAUAAUAUUUUUCAAAACAAGGAAAAAACCUUAUUAAGCAAUGGGACUGUGUGUAGUAUAUGUGGCAUAUGUGCUGGUGUUGGUGGGAUCGGCUCUAGCAGAACCGGCCCUUGAUAUAAGUAAAAUAAAGAUCACUGACUGUAAUUGUCAAAGAUGUCUCUAUACUCAGCUUGGUUAUGCCAUACACGGAACUGUAUCUGUGACUUUCGGAGGCAGCAAGGUAAGUUGUUCUGAUGAAGCUAUUAUAACUUUUGGAGGUUCAGUAAUCGGUUGGAACUACAACUGCCCCAUUAGCGGCUCGUCAAGUGGAAUAUUUGAAGUAUCAUAUAACUACGGGAAUCUUCUAUGUGGUACGACCUUCGACAGAGUGUUACUACAUAGAUGCUCUGGAACACCGUGUAGUUCAUUCGGCUGAAGAAAAAUGUUUUACGAAUGGUACAAGCUAACUAUAUCAACCCUUUGUUGUGAAUAUUUUCUGUUUUUAUGAUUUGUUGCCUUUUGUUCUCGGACAAUAAAUGUAUAUAACAUGU